UUGUCUGUUUGUUUGACCUUAUGGUUGCUAUAAAAGUCGACUUUUGGUCCAUUAGAGGAGACGUCGCUUGCAUACUCGCGUCGGUGACUUCGCAAACAUGAGUACUUGGAUCUCGAGCCUGCCUUCUGUUGGGGAAUUCUUUCCCCCAUCACCUCAGGCGUUCAAUUUCAAUUUCAACUUCUUCAGACUCUGGCCUAUCGUAAGUUCCCGCUCUACACCCUUGUCCCCUGUGCAUCUCUGGGCAUUGGAGACAACUUUUCUGGUUGCCUGAGAUGUGCUACAUCGAGAGGCUUUUCAGCAAUUGGACAUGUAUGAUCUUGUAGAUGCGACAAUGUCUGGCCCAAGGCUACAUACCUACGAUAGAGCUUGCUAACGUGUUAUCAGCUGUCGAUAUUACAAUGGACACCACUAGGCAAACUCCAGGCCAUGGGCAAGACUUCCAUUGCAUCUCGCUUCAACCUUCCAGGUCGACUGGCAUGGACUCUCGCCGAAUCUGUUGGUCCAUUGAAUCUUCUCUACAUCGUCUACACCCUACCGGCCAAGAUACGACCUGCACCACAAUCGAGUACAAGCUUCCUAGGCACCGGCCUCCCAAUGCAAUGUGAGCUUUUAGCUUGCUUGUAUAUCGUUCAUUACGCGAAUCGAGCAGUCAGCAUGCCUCUAUUUACUGCUCCAAGUAUGUCACCUAUCCAUCCGAUCAUCGCAGCGGCUAUGGCACUUCACCAGUACCUGAACUCGAGCAACAUUGGAUGCUGGCUAGUUUACUCGACGUUGGAGGGUGAUUUCUGGGACCGUACAAUCUUCUCCUUUAACUCGGUGUGUUUGACCAUCGUUGGACUCGCCAUCUUCAAUGAAGGUCUUUGGUCAAAUAUUCAGGCAGAAACAGCUUUGCACGACUUGCGACGCGACGCCGCGAAGCGAAGAGCCAAGUCAGAAGGCAAGGUCGAGGUGACAUACGAUAAGGUCUAUGUCAUUCCUCCUCCUGAAGGCUACUUCAAGAGCAUCUUGUUUCCUCAUUACGUCUGGGAAUGGCUUGAAUGGACAGGCUACUGGAUCCUUGGAGGGGCUUGGGGUCUCGGUUGGGGAUAUCAAAGUCCAGCUCUGUGGUUUGUCAUUGUGGAGAUUGCUACGAUGCUUCCACGGGCAGUGAGUCAGCUACGAUGGUAUGAAGAGAAGUUCGGGAAGCGGGCUGUUGCUGGUAGAGCAGCAGCAAUUCCUGGAUGGUUGUAAAUGUACUGUGUUGAGCUGGGCUUCCUCGAUCAGAAGGGGAGGCACGUCUUUCAAGCACAUAGAUAUCUGGCCACCCACUGGGCUGCAUAUGAGACACAAGGCUGGGCUACCGCAUAAAUUAUCCUAACCCAGUGCCACGAAAAGCAGGCCGGAGUCAAGGGCAAAUAGCGACAGCUGCAGCCUAACUUAGGUAGGUAGUGAGCCUAGGGAGACUCUUGAAAUGUUACUGGCCCUUGCGCGCCUGCAAGC